GCCGCUACUCUCGUGAUGCGUUUCUCGCUGCUUUGGCCCCCGCUGAUCCUCCUGAUCCUCGCCAGACUCUCGGCGGGGACUGAACUGCCCGAUCAUAUCACGCGGAACCUGGACCCGGACAUCAGUCCCUGCCUUGACUUUUAUAGCCAUGCCUGCGGCAACUGGUCGGCUGUCCACGAGACGGAUCCCUACAGGAGUCAGCUGGAGCAGCUGGACUACGACUACCAGGAGCGGCUGGCCGGUUUGCUGGAGGCAGCAGACUCUCACUCGGGCAAGGAGGCUCGCUUCCUGCAGCUGCCCCGUGAUUUUUACGCCUCCUGUCGCCGUCACCUGGACAUGCCCCAGGUGGUGGCCUUCCUCCAGGAGCUGGUCACGCGCCAUCCGCUAGGCUACGAAGAGCUUACGGUGGCCCUGAUUGCCGCCUUUCGCCUCAAGGUCCUGGUGGAGAUGGGCCCGGGCAAGAUGCACAACAUCUGGCUGCAGUUGCUCCUCCGCUCCAGCUCCGAGUGGCAGAGCAAUGAGACCAGCACGAAGCCCCUGGAAAGGCAUCAGUUUGAGGUGCUGUGGCUUCCGUCAAGAGCCUGGCCCACCAAGGAGCCCUUCUGGCGGAAAGUGAGCAGAAUGGAAAUGAUCAUGAUGCUGGAGGACAACGACGAAGACGACAACGAUGACGACCCCUUCCUUGACAAGCAGCAUCUGCCCUCUUUUUGGAUGCUGCCCUGGCGGAAAACCCCGCCCAGUCCCGGCUACAUCCGGCGGAUGGUAGCUUUGCUAACAAUGGAGACGCCAGUCUUCCUCAUACCCUACAUCCUGAUCAGACUGAGGCUGGCCGGAGGAGGACUUGCCGGCGCCAAGACCUGGCAGGUGAGCCGCAGCGAGUGCGCCGAGCAGAGCCGCCAGCUGCUGAGCCAUCCCUCGGUGUGGCUGCUGGAGAAGGAUCAGCCCCGCCUGCCGGAGGAGCCUGUGCUGCAGGGCGUCUUCCAGACCCUGAAGCAUCGCUUCGGCCAGAAACUGAGGGCCAACCGGAACGACUUUGGCCAUAGCAGCCUCAAGUUCCUGCUCUCGAAGCUGGAGCACAUGACCCUCCGCCUGAGUGUCCUGCCGCGUCAGAAAUCGGACCAUUCCCUGGAGCGUCGGAUCGAUCGCCACUACAGCCAGCUAAACCUCAAUGCCACCGAUUAUUAUGGCAACCUCCUGGCCGCCCUAAGCCACUCCACAAGCCAGAAGCAGCCAAACAGUAUCCUGGGCACGAUCCUGCCCUGGCUGACCAAUAUCCAGCUGCCAAAGAUCAGCAAGCGAGGCCAGCCGCUGCCCGUAGAGGUGCAUGGCUUUGGCAGCUUCGGCUCGCCCUUCUACAUGCAGCACUCCAACACUUUGGUGGUGCCUUUGUCCUUGUUGGGGCCGCCGCUCUACCUGCCCGGCCAGUCGGAGCUGCUCACCUACAGCUCGCUGGGCUUUAUCCUGGGCCACGAGCUCUCGCAUGGCUUCACCCCCGAGGCGGCCAGCGUUGACAGUCGGGGCAGGCUGCACUUGAGCAUGGCAAGGAAGCUGCUGGGCAACAGGCGCUUUCGCAGUGAGACCACCUGCCUGAGGUUUCGCUUUGGCUCUGAGCAGCUGGAGGAGAGAUUCGCGGAUGCCAAUGGUUUGGAGCUGGCUUACUCGGCCUACUUUGAUGCUGCCGAGGGGGAUCGCCGCUGGGAUUCGGAGAACUCCAUUGAACCGGGUUUGAAGUUGGACUUACGAAGACAGCAGCAGCAGUUCUUCCUGAACUUUGCCCAGUUCUUCUGCUCGGACGAGGACAGCUCGCAGGAUAAUGACGAUCAUGGGUCGGAUAGCAGCAGGGUCAACGAGGCGGUGGCCAAUUUUGAGCCCUUUCAGCAGGCCUUCAAAUGCCACGAAGGGGUGUUUGGAGGGAAGAAGCAGAAGAUGAGGCAGUGUCGCCUGUAUUAGACGUAGGGAUCGAAGCUAAAAAAUAAUUAUAAUAAUAAUAAAAUAAUAAUGAUAAAUAAUAAACAAAUAAUUAGUGAA